CCCUUCUGUCGUCAUCAAGACGAGCGGGCGCCGGCGGCGCCGGCGAGAAAGUAGAAAGCUGCUAUGGCGAGUCCUACAGGCACCGCCGUGAGACCGCCCAGGCCCAAGAAAGAGCCGCAGACGCUCGUCAUCCCCAAGAAUGCGGCCGAGGAGCAGAAGCUCAAGCUGGAGCGGCUCAUGAAGAAUCCGGACAAAGCAGUUCCAAUUCCAGAGAAGAUGAACGAGUGGGCUCCUCGGCCUCCUCCAGAGUUUGUCCGCGAUGUCAUGGGUUCCAGUGCCGGGGCUGGCAGUGGAGAGUUCCACGUUUAUAGGCACCUACGGCGGAGAGAGUACCAGCGGCAGGACUACAUGGAUGCCAUGGCUGAGAAGCAAAAACUGGAUGCAGAGUUUCAGAAGAGACUAGAAAAGAAUAAGAUUGCCGCCGAGGAGCAGACCGCAAAGCGCCGGAAAAAGCGCCAGAAGUUAAAAGAGAAGAAGUUAAUGGCAAAGAAGAUGAAGCGUGAGCAGAAGAACCAGAAGGAAGGUACCUCCAGCUGUCCACCAACUGUCUUCCAGUGGUUCUCCAUCUUGCCUCAUUUUUUCCCCAGGAGGAAGGAUUGAAGAGCUGUCUCAGCAUUUGGAACCCUUUUGUUUUGUAGUUAUGUGUACAUACAUAUAUUCACACAUCUGUGUUUGUACAUGUGUGCACAUGGAAGCCAGAGACCAAUGUCAGGUUCCUCUUCAGUUGCUCUUUACCUGAAUUGUUGUGACACAGUCUCACUAAAGCUGGAGUUCACUGAUUUCCCUGGGCUGGCUGCCUGACAAGUCCCAGGGAUCGUCCUUCUCUGUCUCCCUAGAGCUGGAAUUCCAAGCACACACUCCCAUGCCUACCCUUUCCAUUGGUGCUGGGUCCAGACUCAGGUCCUCAUGCUAGCAAGGCAGGUACUGUACUGACUGACCCUUCGCCUAGUCUCCCAUGUAGCCAAGGCUGAUUCUGAACUGAGACUCCUGGUUCCUACCCUUCUACCAUGUGAGUCCAGGGAUCAAACAGGUUGUCCAACUUGACAGCAAGAACCUUCACUACGGAGCCUUCUUACCAGCACACUCUCUCAUGGUUUGAGUUUAUUAUUAUUUUGUUUUGCUUGAGGCAGCGUCUCAUGUAGCCCAGGCUGGCCUUGCACUCUGACCCUCUUUACCUUUGCCUCCCAAGUUCUGUGAUUACACCUGUCCUGUUCUGUGCAGCUUGUGUUUUUAAUUCCCUGUAUUUCAUAGACUUUCAGCUGCUGUUCUAGGGAUUUCUGUGUGGCUGCUUUCACGGUCUGCUUAGUGUCUUAAACAGGACGUGGGAAUGCCCCGCCGUAGGUGUUUCUUCACGCUUCCAUGUUUUUUGUCAAACUGGGUAGGGAAAAAAACCCAACUUGUUCUGUUCAUUUGGAUAGUUCCUAAUCGUCCACCCACAGGUUGUCUUCCCCAUGACGUCUCCGUUUUGUGGUUGAUCCUGUCUUGUGAAUUUUGUCUCAGUGACGUGGUAAUAGGGAAGCUAUAAAAGCUUUCAUUAGAUUCCGAUUCAUGUUUUCCAUUCUUUGUUGCAGUUUUGCC